ACUACUUCUACUGCUGCUGCGCUACUGCUCACUUACUACUUCCACACUUUUUCUCUCUCUAAAUCUCUCCCCAUAUAUAUUGGUGAAGUGAAGAGAGAGACAUAGAUCGAGUGUUCCUUCGAAGCUGAGAUCUGAGGCAAUGGCUGUGGAUCCUAGACAUGUGCUCGCCGGCAUACUUACUCUCACCAUGUUCCUAAUGCUCGGCGACAUGAUUAAGCGCGACCACUUCGAUUCUACUCACCCAACCGUUCACGACACAAAAAAGGCUUCAGAGCAUACCCUUGCUAGUGUCGCAAAAGGUGCUGAUGGCCCUUGGAAGGAGGAUGGUUUGACCUUGAAGCCAUGUUGGCAGAAGCCUGUUUUGAAGGAGGCCGAUGAAUCGCAGGGGUACGUCACCUUCUCAUUAACCAAUGGCCCAGAAUACCAUGUCUCUCAGAUUGCUGAUGCAGUAGUAGUUGCAAGAUAUCUACGGGCAACACUUGUAAUCCCUGACAUUAGAGGAAGCCAACCUGGUGACAAAAGGAACUUCAAAGAUGUCUAUGAUGUUGAAAAAUUCAUAGCAAGCCUAGAUGGUGUGGUCAAAGUUGUUAGAUCUCAGCCUACUGAAAUUUCAGCCCGUAAUCUUGCAGUGGUGAAGGUUCCUAAUCGUGUUACUGAAGGAUAUAUAGCAGAAAAUAUAGAAACAGUUUUCAGAACCAAGGGAAACAUAAGACUAGUCACUUACUUCCCAUCAGUGAACAUGAAAAAGAAUAAAGAAAAGACCAGUACAGACUCAAUUGCAUGUUUGGCCAUGUUUGGAACCCUGGAGCCUCAAACCGAAGUCCGUGAAGUGGUUGACUCCAUGAUUGAUCGCCUAAAAACCGUCAGUAGGAAAUCAAAUGGACAGUUUGUGGCAGUUGACUUGAGGAUUGAUAUAUUGGAGAAAAAGGGUUGUCAUGGAAAUGGUGGCUCUGCGUCUAAGAGUUGUUACGGCCCACAAGAGAUAGCUCUCUUUUUAAAGAAGAUUGGCUUUGAAAAGGACACCACAGUGUAUGUGACCCAAACAAAAUGGCAUAGCAGCCUCGACGCUCUAAAGGACUUCUUCCCAAAAACUUAUACAAAGGAGUCUAUAAUGCCUAUGGAGAAAAAAGAUAAGUUUCUAAACUCUGACACUUCCGAAUUUGAGAAGGUAAUUGACUACUACAUUUGCUCCGAGAGUGAUGUCUUCGUUCCGGCCAUAUCGGGCCUGUUUUAUGCUAAUGUUGCUGGAAAGAGAAUAGCUUCUGGCCGGACUCAGAUGCUUGUUCCUGCAACUAUUCCUGGUUCUUCUGCCACUUCUGAAGAGUUUAUGUCACAUUAUGUUACCAAAAAGAAUCACUUCGCAUAUUCAUGUUAUUGCUAGUUCAAGGAAAGGGUAAGUCUCCCAUAUCUAAGUGAUUAAUGUUUUUGCAUUCGAUUUUAAGUUGAAAUGAUCUCUCAGUGUCUUGCCCAAAAGUUUUUGUUAGGCUGCAGAUUUCCUAUAAUUGUAAUGAUUGCAGGUCUUUGAAUGUGUUGUAAAACAUUGUACCAACGUCACAUCCAUGUUUAAUAGGUCAUUGAAGAAGUGUGUUGGUUUC